AAUACUACGUCACUCUCUUACCCAGAAACUGGCCGGUUAAUACCUUCGGCGCCGCUCCUCCUCCCCUCAGGUUUUCCCUGUCCGGCAGUGUGAGCUGUGCUGGUUUUUCUGCAGGCCGGACUUAUGGCCUCGAUGUUGAACUUCUACGGGCGUGUGGUGCUGGUCACCGGUGCCGGGGGAGGAUUGGGCCGAACCUAUGCCCUGGCUUUUGCAGAAAGAGGUGCAUCAGUUGUUGUGAAUGAUCUAGGAGGGGACAUGAAGGGAGUUGGUAAAGGCUCCUUAGCUGCUGAUAAAGUUGUUGAAGAAAUAAGAAGGAAAGGCGGAAAGGCAGUGGCCAACUAUGAUUCAGUGGAAGCAGGAGAGAAGAUUGUGAAGGCAGCGCUGGAUGCUUUUGGAAGAAUAGAUAUUGUGGUCAACAAUGCUGGAAUUCUGAGGGACCGUUCCUUUAGUAGAAUAAGUGAUGAAGACUGGGAUAUGAUCCAGAGAGUUCAUUUGCGGGGCUCAUUCAUGGUGACUCGGGCAGCAUGGGAUCACAUGAAGAAACAGAAUUUUGGAAGGAUCAUCAUGACUUCAUCAGCUGCAGGAAUAUAUGGCAAUUUUGGCCAGGCGAAUUAUAGUGCUGCAAAGCUGGGUCUUUUGGGCCUUUCAAAUAGUCUUGCAGUUGAAGGCAAGAAAAAUAACAUUCAUUGUAACACUGUUGCUCCUAUUGCUGGAUCAAGGAUGACCCAAGGCGUUCUGCCUGAAGAUCUUGUUGAAGCUCUGAAGCCAGAAUAUGUGGCACCCCUGGUCCUUUGGCUUUGCCAUGAGAGUUGUGAGGAAAACGGUAGCGUGUUUGAGGUUGGAGCAGGAUGGAUUGGAAAAUUACGUUGGGAGCGGACCCUUGGAGCCCUUGUAAGACAGAGGAAUCAGCCAGUGACUCCUGAGGCGGUGAAGGCUAACUGGACGAAGAUCUGUGAUUUUGAUAAUGCCACUAAGCCUCAGAGAAUUCAAGACUCAGUUAGCACCAUAAUUGAAGCUCUAAGUAAAAUAGAUUCUUCAGAUGGAGGAAUUUCAGCAAAUAAUCUCAGUCAUGCAACUUCAGCAGCCCCAUCAGGACUUGUUGAAGCUGUUGGCUAUAAAUUUCCACCAUUUUCUUCUUCGUAUACGGAGAUGGACACUAUUAUGUAUGCCCUUGGAGUGGGGGCGUCGAUCAAGGAACCGAAAGAUUUGAAAUUUAUUUACGAAGGAAAUUCUGAUUUCUCCUGUUUGCCAACUUUUGGAGUUAUUUUAGCUCAGAAAUCUCUUGGGGGUGGAGGAUUAGCAGAGAUUCCUGGGCUUUCAGUCAAUUUCACAAAGGUUCUUCAUGGGGAGCAUUACUUGGAGUUAUAUAAACCACUUCCCAACGCAGGAGACUUAAAAUGUGAAGCAGUUGUUGCUGAUGUCCUGGAUAAAAGAUCUGGUCUAGUAAUUCUUAUAGAUGUCUACUCUUACUCUGGAAAGGAACUUAUAUGUUAUAAUCAGUUCUCUGUCUUCGUUAUGGGCUCUGGAGGCUUUGGUGGAAAACGGACAUCGGACAAAGACAAGGUAGCUGUAGCCAUACCUAAUAGACCUCCUGAUGCUAUACUUACAGAUACCACCUCACUUAAUCAGGCUGCUUUGUACCGGCUCAGUGGAGACUGGAAUCCCCUGCACAUUGAUCCUGACUUUGCUAGCUUAGCAGGUUUUGAUAGGCCCAUUUUACAUGGAUUAUGUACAUUUGGAUUUUCUGCCAGGCAUGUUUUACAGCAGUAUGCAGAUCGUGAUGUGUUGAGAUUCAAGGCAAUUAAGGUUCGUUUUGCAAAACCAGUAUACCCAGGACAAACUCUACAAACUGAGAUGUGGAAGGAAGGAAAUAGAAUCCACUUUCAAACCAAGGUCCAAGAAACUGGAGACACUGUCAUUUCAAAUGCAUACGUGGAUCUUGUGCCAACAUCUGAUACUUUAGCUAAGAUACCAUCUGAGGGUGGAGAUCUUCAGAGUAACCUCGUGUUUGAGGAGAUAGGUCGCCGCCUUCAGGAUAUUGGGCAAGAAAUGGUGAAGAAAGUAAAUGCUGUGUUUGAGUGGCAUAUCACUAAAGGUGAAAAAAUUGCAGCUAAGUGGACUGUUGACCUAAAAAAUGGUCCUGGAAAAGUGUAUCGGGGCCCUGCAAAAGGUUCUGCUGAUGCAACCUUCAUACUUUCAGAUGAAGAUUUCAUGGAAGUAGUCUUGGGCAAGCUUGACCCUCAGAAGGCAUUCUUUAGUGGCAGACUGAAGGCCAGAGGGAACAUCAUGCUGAGCCAGAAGCUUCAGAUGAUUCUUAAAGACUAUGCCAAGAUCUGAAGGACAUACUACAAUAUCAAUUAAAAUAGAAAAAUUACAUACUCUCUUCACCUACAUACGCAAAAGUGAUCAGCAAAAAUGGUCAGAAUUAAGAUACAGGAGAAAUUGCUUCACAUUUUCAGAUUUCAGAUAACUUUUCAGAUACUCAUUUUCUACUAAUUUUUAUGUUAUUAUUUUUACAAGGAACUGUAAGCUGGCAUGUGAUUAUCCUUCUGUUCUUAGAUAUAUGUCUUCAUAAUAAAUUUUCACUCAAGUCCAGUCUCUUUAGAAUUAUGGUAACAUUUAAAACUUAUAAGGGAAAUUAAAUGAGUAAAGGCCACUUGAUGCCCAUUACACUUUAUUUUGUUAUUUUCUGUUAUCUGAUUUAUUGAUAUUCCAAUUUUAACAUGAAUUUUCACAUAAGUACUCAAUUUCAUACUUUGCUGUAAUAGCUAGUGUUCUGCUUUAAGGCAAGAUAAAGGUCUUUAUGUUUCCAAGUAGUUUUCUUUCUUCACCCCUCCCUUUUGCUAGAAAUUCUUACAUAUAAUGCUUGGAAAUCUAUCAAAUAUGUAAUUUCCUUUGAAAAAAAUUAACUAUAAUUUUGUAAAUUACAAAAUUAUAAAACUACAAUUUUGUAAAUUUGUAUUAAUUUCAGAGGUACAGCUUCAGAUUUUUUCAGGUUAUUACAAGAUAUUUAAUAUAGUUCCCUGUGCAAUACAGUAAA